AUGGGCCAGAGAAAGAAGCAACAUGGGCCAAGCUACGCAACACACAAAGCCUUCUACGAUGCAGUGAGAAAAAGCAACUGGUCCCUGGUUUUCAUAGAAAAUGUGACAGAAUACCAGGAACAGUUGGCGCAACAGGAGUUGGGCAAGCCGUGGUGCAUUCUUUCAUGUCGCUUGGACCCACGGGUCCUAGGCAUGGGAUGUGCAAGAGCAAGGGUCUUUAUGGUUGCUUAUAGAACUGACAAGCUGGUGUGGGAUGCGCCCUUUGGUUUGAAUGAAUUGGUAGAGUGUCUUCGAGGGCGGGUGGUGAUGACAGCAAAAGAUUACUACUACAUGGACCUCCCCAGGGAGCGGAACCUGGCAGACUACAAUUCAGAGAGCCGGAAGCUGCAGUUUCCCGACCUCAACCAGUAUGCUAAAAACGGCCGGGGACGAGGAGAGACAGUUGACAACGCUUUGCCAACCCUGACCACGACCAGUGGAAGACUGUUCUCCCAGGCACAUCACCGUUUCUUGCACCCAGAUGAGAUGCUGGCCAGCCACGCGUUGCCUAUCUCAAAGGACCAGGGAAAGGCAUGCAGGGCUCCAACUCUUGAGCUGGAUAAAGUUCCAUAUACUUCCAAAGUCCACAUGGCCGGAAAUGCCAUCAACAUACCAACAAUUGGUAGUGUGAUGUUGGCAGCUGCUCUUGCAUUCCAGCCAGUUCAGAAGCCAUGA